CCGGGACAUGCAAGAUGGCGGGGGCCAAUGAGCGGAACUAUCUCACGAGUAUGGGAAUUCACGUGAUCAGUGACGUAGAGCCCGCCAGGUAAGAAGAAAGUCAACCUCCAGAAAACCAGCUCACACUCUAAGAACAGACGCGGCCAGGUAAAGCAGGUGGUUGCGUGCGUGUUAACCUCCUUUUACAUCCGUGCUCUUUGCUGGAAACACACAGGACUCAGAGGGCCAACCGAAAACUUUUGGCCCAUGCCGUCGGAGAGAUGGCUUUAACGGAAAUGUUACUAGGGGUUCUUAUAUGGUUCAGUAUUUCAACAACGAUACACGCUCAAUACAAACCUAACUAUCCAAGUCCAAUUUUGCAACGAGAAAUUUUUGUCCUCAAUCUGGAAGAUGGCUUUUUCGGCUGUCAAGUCAACGAGUCAGUCGACAUUCUACAGCUAUUCGAACUGUCAAAACUCUGUGACGGCGUGCCACAGUGCUUCUUGGGUUCAGACGAGGUAGCCAAUGAACUCAAAUGCACGGAUAGAAAUUUCUGCCAUCCCAAAAUGCCUCGUUGCAUUAACGGAGUGUGCCUCGACAACCUCUGUUACUGUAAUGACGGCUUUGGAGGGAAGGGUUGUGAAAUGCCAGACGAAAACGAAUGUAAAUAUAGACCCUGUGAUGUCUUCGCACAUUGUACAAACACAAUGGGCAGCUUCUAUUGUUCCUGUUUUCCUGGCUACGAAGGCGACGGAUUCGAAUGUCACGAUAUUAACGAAUGCGAAAUUCCAUCACUGGCCGCUAUUUGCGUUGAAAACGCCGAAUGCUGUAAUUUACCAGGACAUUAUGUUUGUAAAUGUGGCCCAGGAUACACAGGAAAUGCCACUGUCUCUUGCACGGACAUCAACGAGUGCUUAGAUCCUAAUGCAUGUGGUCAUGGUGCUCAGUGUGAAAAUAUUCCAGGAAGCUAUAAGUGCUACUGUCCUUUGGGCUACGAUGGAGAUCCCUUCAGGGAAUGUUAUGACUUGGAUGAAUGUCGACGAAAUCCUUGUGGUUCUGGAGCUCAGUGUACAAACACUAAAGGCGGUUACACGUGCAGUUGUCCUAGAGGAUAUCAAGGAAAUCCAACGCCAGAAGCGGGCUGUGUGGACAUUGAUGAAUGCUGGGGUCCAAAACCACCUUGUGGUAAAGGAGCAGAAUGCGUCAACACAAAUGGCGGUUACUACUGUCAGUGUCCUGAAGGAUAUACGGGCAAUCCUACUGUAGGAUGCGUCGACAUUAAUGAGUGCCCACAUGCUUGUGGAGUCAAUGCUGAAUGUACAAACACACCUGGAAGUUAUACUUGUCGUUGCAAAGCCGGCCAUGUCGGUGAUCCAUAUUUGUCUGCAGGAUGCCAUGAUGAUGACGAAUGUUUGAAACCUGGAGCUUGUGGUCGCAAUGCUCAAUGUUUCAACAAUAUUGGCUCAUAUACCUGCAGCUGUCUAGAUGGCUAUUCUGGAAAUCCUCUGCAAGGGUGCACAGAUAUUGAUGAAUGCUUACAAAAUCCAUGCUCAGAUAAUGCUAUUUGCCGUAAUAUACCAGGAAGUUUUGAAUGUAAAUGCUUGGAAGGUUAUGAUGGUAAUGCAAGGGAGUUCUGUUCAAGAGUGAAAGUGGAUGUUCGAUGCCAAGGAAAUUAUGAUUGCACAGAAAAUGCACAAUGUAUAAGAAACAAAUGUCAAUGUAUAUCUGGUUUCCGAGUUUCAGGAAUAGAAUGUGUUGAUAUUGAUGAAUGCCGAACUCCAAACAUAUGUGGACGUAGUGCUGUAUGUAAAAAUAUUAUUGGAGGCUAUACAUGUGAAUGCAAACCAGGCUAUGAAAAGAUAACUUCUGCUCCUGACAGUCAUUGCCGAGAUAUAAAUGAAUGCUUGUUUGGACGUUUCCCAUGUGGUGCCAAUUCAAAAUGCAUCAAUUCUGACGGAAGUUAUGAAUGUGUAUGUCCAGACAAUUUAAUUGGUGAUGCAAAGGUUGCUUGCAAAUCACCAUGUGCUGAUGUGGAUUGUGGAGAACAUGCAACAUGCCAAGUUAAUGGAAAGGAAGCUGCCUGCAUUUGUAAUUUAGGAUAUACUUUUGAUCCUCAAAACAUUGCUGCAGGCUGUCAGGAUAUCAAUGAAUGUGACAACAUUCAUGGACCAUCAGGACUUUGUGGUCAAGGUGCUAUUUGUGGAAAUGUUCCUGGAAGUUACCAUUGCUAUUGUCCACCAGGAUUCACAGGAGAUCCUUUCAGAUAUUGUGAAGAUAUUAAUGAAUGUGACAGGCGAUUUGGUCCCAGUGGUCAAUGUGGAGAGGGGGCCACUUGCACCAAUACACUGGGAAGUUUCACCUGUACUUGCCCAACAGGAUUCUCUGGAAAUGGAAGAGUCAAAUGUCAAGAUAUUAAUGAAUGCUCUCAAGCAUUUGGACCAAAUGGAAAAUGUGGUAUUUCAGCCAUUUGUACAAAUCGACCUGGCAGUUUUGAAUGUCGUUGCCCACCAGGAACAUCAGGAGAUCCAUUUAAUCGAUGUACGGCCAUUGUACAAUGCCGAGAAGACAGCUCUUGCAGAGGCAAUUCAGUUUGUAGCAGAAAUCAAUGCUACUGUCCAGAGCCUUAUUUUGGUGAUGAAUGUAAACAUCCAUGUGAUGAUAUCUUCUGUGGUGAUCAUGCAACAUGUCAGUUAGAUGUACACAAAGAACCAGUAUGUGUUUGUGCUCCAGGUUAUACUGGACGAAGCAACAGUUUACCAGGAUGUAUAGAUAUUGAUGAAUGUAGCAGUGGAGCUCGUGUAUGUGGACAGGAUGCUAUAUGCAGAAAUAGUCCAGGUUCCUAUGAAUGUGUCUGCCCACAUGGUUACAAUGGAGACCCAUACAGAGGAUGCAUUAAAAUUGAACCAUCAACAAUUAUAUGCUCCGAGACAAGACCUUGCCAACCAAAAGAAGAAUGUGUGUCUCAGGGAAUUACACCACAAUGUGUUUGUAAGCGAGGAUAUACCAGAGAUCCUAGCUCAGGAAAAUGCAGAGAUAUCAAUGAAUGCGCUGAAGUUAGAGACAAAUCACCUUGUGGCCAGCAUGCUUUCUGUCUGAAUAUGGAAGGAAGUUAUAUCUGUCGCUGUCCACCUGGACAUAUUGGAAAUCCAUACAGUAUCUGCUAUCCUGAAUUAAUUGAAUGCAAAAGGGAUAAUGAAUGUCCAGGAAAUACAAUCUGUCUGGAUGAUGGAAGCCAAGGACAUCACUGUGGAUGCAGAGCACCAUUUGUUCAAGAUGGGGAAUAUUGUAUUUUGGUCAGCAGAAAUUGUUCUACAACUAAUCCUUGCCCAGAAAACCAAGAAUGUGUAUACACAGGAAAUGGGUUUGGAUUUUGCAUCUGUCCAAGAGGAUACACAAUGGAUGCAACUGGAUUUUGCAGAGAUAUUGAUGAAUGUACUGAAAUCAAAGAAUGGUCUCUAUGUGGAGCUUAUGCUGAAUGUGUUAAUCUACCUGGUGCUUAUCAGUGUCUAUGUAAUUCCGGAUACACUGGAAAUCCAAGACAAGGGUGUAGCAGAAUUGAAAUUGAAUGUAGAGGACCAAACAGUUGUCCUCAGAACAUGGUUUGCACUAAAGGACAGUGCCAAUGCUUGGCACCUUACAUUUUGGAAGGACAACAAUGUAAACAUCCUUGUGAGUGGUAUUCUUGUGGACAGUAUGCUACAUGUGAGCUUUCUCCUAAAGGACCUAAAUGUGUCUGUAUACCAGGAUGUACUGGUGAUCCUAACAAUGCUUGUCAAGAUAUCAAUGAGUGCACAGCUGACUUACCAAUGGAUCCGAAUGGACCUUGUUCUGUAGGAGCUACUUGCAUUAACAUUGUGGGUGGUUACCAAUGUGAAUGUCCACCUGGUACAACUGGUGAUGCUUAUAAGGGUGGAUGCCGAGGGGCUACUGGAUGCUCAUCUGACAGGCAGUGUCCACGAAAUGCUAUAUGUGAUGCACGUGGUGGAGCUUGUGUAGAUCCUUGUUCUACUGCAUGGUGCGGGCCAAAUGCAGAUUGUUUUGGCGACGAUCAUAAGGCUGUGUGUAAAUGUAGGCCUGGUUAUACUGGAAAUCCAAAUGAUUUGGAGAAAGGCUGUGUUUCACCAUGUGCUGGUGUUUGGUGUGGUGUCAAUGCUCACUGCAUAGUUAACUCUAACAAUCAAGGAGUAUGUCACUGUUUACAAGGAUUCUCAGGCAACCCAUGGGCAGGAGGUGGAUGCCAUCCAGACUCUCGUGGAUGUAGUGCUUCUAGACCUUGUGGGCAGUCACAAGUGUGUACCAAUGGUGCAUGUGUUGAACGUUGCCAAGGUGUAACUUGUGGUGUUGGUUCACGAUGUGAUGAAAAUACUGGAAAUUGUGUGUGUCUACCUUAUUUCAUUGGAAAUCCAUCAUUUUUAUGUGUACCACCCCUUCUUCCACCACUUUGUGUACCUGGAUGUGGAGUGAAUGCUCACUGUACUUAUGGUGUACCCAAUCAAUGCCAGUGUAAUCCAGGAUUUACUGGAAAUCCAUAUUCUGUGUGUGGAACUAGCCAGAGAUGUGAAGAAACUCGCUGUGGUACAAAUGCAAAUUGCAUUGAAGGGCCCAAUAGGGUGGAUUGUGUCUGUCCUGCUGGAUUGCAAGGAAAUCCAUUCCUUGGUUGUCAAGAUGUAAAUGAAUGUUUGGGAAGCAAUCCAUGUGGAGGCGGUGCAAGUUGUAUCAACAGUGUUGGAAGUUAUUUGUGUGCUUGUCCAUCAGGAACCACAGGAAAUCCUCUCUUUUCAUGCACUCCAGCCAACACUCCUUGUGAAGCUGGACAGGGCUGUGCUUGUUCAUCAGAUGCUGGCUGUUCUGGAGGAGAGAUUUGUGGCUCAGGUGGCUCUUGUCAAGAUCCAUGUCAAGAUGUGGUCUGUGGACCUAGUGCUUAUUGUGUUAGAGGUGCAUGCCUGUGUCCACAAGGAAUGGUUGGUGAGCCUAAUAAUCCUGGUGUUGGAUGCAGUGCAUCAACAGAAGCACCAGAAUCAAGUCCAAAUGAAUGUGAAGAUAAUGUCAAUUGUGGAACUGGAUCAUUCUGUGGUGCUAAUGCAGAAGGAAUAAGACAAUGCAUAGAUGUUUGUGAUCCACAAUUUAUCAUCUGUGGUCGAAAUGCUAUCUGUAGCAGUCAAAAUCAUCAAGCAGUUUGUGAAUGUCCAUCUGGCAUGACUGGAGAUCCAAAUGACCUUAUUCAGGGCUGUCAAGCUCAAAGUCCACAUGAAUGUGAAGUGAGUGCCAACUGUCUUGAUUCACAAAUUUGUAAAAUGGGAAAUGGUGGUGUUAGAGUUUGUGAAAAUGUAUGCCAAGAACAGACAUGUGGUGAGAAUGCUGUCUGCCAAGGCAAAGGACACAGACCAGUCUGUGAAUGCCCACAAGGCUUUAGUGGAAAUCCUAUGGCCAAUUGUCAUCCUCAUCCAAAUGAUCGAUGUGCCAAUGAUGAUGAAUGUCGUGGAGAUGAAAUUUGCAAAUUAUUGGAAACAACUGGAAUCAGGGACUGUGUUGUUGUAUGUGAGGGAGUACAAUGUGGCCCCAAUGCUAUUUGUGAAGGAAGGCGCCAUAUAGCUGUUUGUGAGUGUCGUCAAGGUUUCACUGGUGAUGCUUAUGACAUUCAAAGAGGAUGCCAACCACCACCACUUGAUUUAUGCCAAGAUAGUUCAUCUUGUGCUGAUAACCAGGUGUGUCGGGUUGGAGAUAAAGGAUACAGAGAGUGUUUUGAUGUUUGUCAAACUACUCAAUGUGGAUUAAAUGCUUUGUGCCGUGGACGAGAUCAUCAAGCUACUUGCGAAUGCAGACCUGGAUUUUCAGGAAAUCCUAUUGAUUUUGGAAUAGGUUGUCAACCAGUGCCAAAGGAUAAAUGUAAGAGCAAUAGCAACUGCCCAGAUGAUAGAAUAUGCCGACAGACACCUGCUGGAAUCAAAGAUUGUAUAGAUGUAUGUCAAACCAAACGAUGUGGAACAAAUGCUGUAUGUUUUGCUGCAAAUCACAAAGCACAAUGUGAAUGCCCAGAUGGAUUUUCUGGUGAUCCUAAUAGAGGAUGUCAAGCUGAUCAUUGUAGUAAAGAUCAAGAUUGUCCAGAUAGCAGGAUUUGUCAAUUGACUAGAGAUGGCAUACGUGAUUGUAUGAAUCCAUGUGAAGGCAAACGUUGUGGUCCUAACGCUCAGUGUGUUGCAACAGGACACUCAGCUUUUUGUGAAUGUAGAGAUGGUUUUGUAGGAAAUGGAGAUGACAUGCAAAGAGGCUGCAGACCUCGUGAUAAAUGCAAGACAGACAGUGAUUGUAGUGACAGAGAAAUUUGCCGAUUGAAUGUUGAAGGAGUUAAAGAUUGCAUUGAUGGUUGUUCUGAUGCCCUCUGUGGAAGGAAUGCAUUAUGUUCAGUAUCAUCACAUAUCGUUGUAUGCAGUUGCCCAUCAGAUUUUAUUGGAGAUCCAUAUGACAGAAUAAUUGGCUGUGAACCAAGACCUGCGGAUCUUUGUCUAAGCGAUUCUGAAUGUCCAUCGAAUGCAGUAUGUCGUCCAGAUUAUUCAGGCUUAAGAAAGUGUCUUGAUGCUUGUGAAGAUAUUCGUUGUGGGCCUCAUGCAACUUGUAUUUCUAAGAGCCAUGUUGCUCAGUGUGAAUGCUUGCCUAAUUAUGAAGGAAAUCCAUAUGAUGAAAUCAAAGGCUGUCAAUUACCUCAUGAUUGUAACACUGAUCAAGAUUGUAAUGGUGAUGAGGUGUGUCGCAAGCACACAGAUUCUAUCCGAAAAUGUGUCCAUGUCUGCUUAUUUGAUCGCUGUGGACCAAAUGCAGAAUGUUUUGGAGAAAACCACUUGGCUGUUUGCAGAUGUCCAGCUGGCUAUGAAGGCAAUCCAAUCGAUCCAAAUGUGGGAUGCAUACCUCGAAGUCCCAACUUGUGUGAAGAAGAUCGUGAUUGUGGCUCUCAACAGAUAUGCCAACCUAUAAAUGAAGGCUAUUUAGAUUGCAGAGAUGCAUGUGAGUACGUUCAGUGUGGACCUAAUGCAGUUUGUUCUGCCAGAAAUCAUCAGACAAGAUGUGAAUGUCUGCCAGAUCAUGAAGGAGAUCCUUACAAUUUACUCAAUGGAUGCAAACCACCUGUACAAGAUGAAUGCAAGAUAGAUUAUGACUGUAGAAAAAGUACUGAUGUCUGCAAGCCAGACAAUUUUGGAGUGAAACACUGUAUAGAUGCCUGUGCUUUCAAUCCUUGUGGUCAAAAUGCAGAAUGCUUUGCUGUCAAUCAUCAGUAUGAAUGUAGAUGCAAUGCAGGAUUCGUAAGAGAUCCCAACAGUGACAUAAAUUGCAUUCCACGAGAACCAGAUGAGUGUAAAGAAGAUAUACAAUGUCCUAGUUUUGGAACUUGCAAACCUAAUGAUUUAGGGAUACUGAAAUGUGCAGAAAUUUGUCUUGAUUUCUCAUGCUCACCAAAUGCUGGAUGUGUGGCUAUCAACCAUAAAGGUCAAUGUACUUGCCAGGAAGGUUACACAGGUGAUCCUAAUAAGCGGGGAGGUUGUAUUCCAAUUGAUCGGGAUGAAUGCAAACAAAGUGAACACUGCUCAUCAGCUUCUGAAUGUCGAUCAGAUAAUGAUGGAGUCUUGAAAUGCUUUGAUGUAUGUGAAAAUGUCCAUUGUGGACCAAAUGCAGUAUGCAUUGCUGUUGGUCAUGUAGCCCAUUGCCAGUGCCCGCAGGGCCUGUACAUUGGCGAUCCAUAUGAUUUAGUUAGAGGUUGUCAACAAGUUGAAUGCAUAACUGAUGAAAACUGCACACCAGAUAAGAGUUGUACACCUGAAAAUUAUUGCUUAAAUCCGUGUGUGAAAGGCUGUGGAAGAAAUGCUAUUUGUGUAGCAGAAAAUCAUCACAAAACAUGCAACUGCCCUGCUGGAAUGACAGGAGAUGCUUAUGGAAAGGGUUGUAAAGCUAUACGAUUUUGUGAGAGUCACCCAUGCCAUCCAACAGCCAAAUGUGUGGAUACAAAAGGAAGCUUUAAAUGUCAAUGUCCUAAUGACUAUAUUGGUGAUCCCUAUCGUGAAGGCUGUCGCCAUCCGAAUUCAUGCCCAGCUGGAGACAGAGAUUGUAGACCUGAUGCGGCAUGCUUGCCAGAUGUCAGUGGAGAGAACAUGUGCAAAAAUCCUUGUGACACCAUCAACUGUGGAUCCAAUGCUUACUGUGAAGUAGUGAACCAUCGUGCUCGUUGCUCUUGUCCAUCUGGUUUCCGUGGUGACCCUGAUCCUGAUAAUGCCUGCCUGCGUAUUUCUGUAUUUUGCGAAAGUGCCAAGGACUGCAGAGAUAAUCAAGCCUGUGUGGAUGGACAAUGUCGAUUAUUCUGCAGUUAUGAUAAUGAAUGUGCUGUGGGAGAGAAGUGUAUCAACCAACGAUGUGUAUUGCCCUGCUUUGCCCAUUCGGGUUGCCCAGCAAAGGAGGCUUGUGUUCCAAGUGGAUACUGUCAAGUUGGUUGCCGAGACAAUAACGAUUGCCCUUACAGAGAAGCUUGCAUCCAAAAUCGUUGCCAGAAUCCUUGUGAGAUCAAGGGUGUUUGUGGACCUAAUGCUAUCUGUACAGUAGUUGAUCACAAGGCAACUUGUGAAUGUCCAGCUGGUUUUGAAGGAUCUCCAUCUCCGGUUUUGGGUUGCAAGAGAGUUUAUCAGAAGUGCUCGCCCAGUGUAUAUUGUCCACCAGGAUUGAAUUGUAUUGGGGAUCGUUGUAGAGCACCUUGCAGCAAUUGUGUUGACGGAGAAGUGUGCGUUAACGGCGUUUGCUUAGUUAUUUGUUCUACGGAUAACAAUUGCCCUGUUAGUGAAAUAUGCAUCAAUCAACAUUGUCAAGUUGGCUGCAGGGCUGAUGGAGAUUGUCGUCUCAAUGAAGUUUGUGGGGCUAAUAGAUGUACUUGCAGACCUGGUUUUAAUCCUGGUCCAUCAGGAUGUGAGGAUAAUGAUGAGUGUCUGUCCAAUCCAUGCCACCCAACAGCAUUAUGUGUGAACUCACCUGGCAGUUAUUAUUGUCAAUGCAGAGAAGGUGAUAUUGGCGAUGGAUACACUGGAUGUCGACCUCAAGGGGAGUGUCCGAAUGGAGACCGAGAUUGCCCACCCAUGGCUGCAUGUGGUGUGGAUGAGCAAGGCAUUCCUAAAUGUAUCAAUCCCUGUGAUAGUAAGCCUUGUGGUCCAAAUGCUGAAUGCAGCGUAUCCAAUCAUGUGCCUCAGUGUUUCUGCCCCAAAAUCGGUUUAUUCACUGGAGAUCCUUACGAGCAAUCCAGAGGCUGUGUUAAAGUUGAUUGCUUGCAAGAUACUGAUUGCAGUUUUGACCGACAAUGUAUCAAUUUUGUUUGCGAAAGUCCUUGUGUACAAGUAAACUGUGGACCUUAUGGCACUUGUGUUGUACGAAACAGACAGGCAUCUUGUAGAUGUGAACCAGGUUAUGAAAACAAUGGUCGCUUGACAUGUACUGAUAUCGAUGAAUGCAGACAGCAUCCUUGCCAUGCCACUGCAGUAUGUGAGAAUACACCUGGAAGCUUCUCCUGUCGCUGUCCAACUGGAUUGACAGGAAAUCCACUUAUCCAUCCUGGCUGUCAUGAUCCAAAUAUGUGCUUCAAUGGAGACUCGGAUUGUGCGGAUUCAGCUGCUUGUGUCCGUGUGAAAGGAGAACCUUUCUGCAGAGAUCCAUGUGAAGCACCAACUGCUUGUGGUAUCAAUGCUUUCUGUAGGACAAUUAACCAUCAAGUGCAAUGUUCAUGUCCACCUGGAUAUACAGGCGAUCCAAGCUAUCGUUGCACAAAAGUGGAAUGCACAAUUAAUGAUGAAUGCAAAGAUAAUCAAGUAUGUGAAAAGAAUCAUUGCAUUGAUGCAUGUUCAAGUCAAGCCAACUGUGGACAAAAUACUGUUUGUCAGGCAAGGAAUCAUGGUGCCAUUUGCCGAUGCCGAGAUGGAUUUUAUGGAGAUCCUAUUGCUGGCUGCAGAAAAAUUAUACCUUGUGACACUGAUAUCAAUUGCCCUGCUGGUGAAUUGUGCCAGAAAGGAGUGUGCAAUGUGCCAUGCAAUAGUGACAGAGACUGUGGAACUAAAGAACGUUGUGAUCUGGGACGUUGUAUCUCAAUAUGCUUAUCAGAAAGCGAUUGCCCAGAACACCAAGUAUGCCAGGCUGGAAAAUGUAUAACAGAUCAUCGCUGUAAUCGUGACAGUGAAUGUACUGAUAACCAUGUCUGCAGAGCCAGUGUCAAGGGUUACAAUGACUGUGUUGAUCCAUGUGAUUUAGCUCUUUGUGCUCCUCAUGCCUACUGCCAUGCCAGAGGCCAUUCUGCAGUUUGCCGAUGUGAAGAAGGUUACAUUGGCGAUCCUGUUGAUCGUGGAUGUGAACCUGUGGAAUGCUUGCGAAAUGAAGAUUGUCCUCAGUCUGAAGUGUGCGAGAACCAUGAAUGUGUUGAUCCUUGCAAACUGCAAAACAUCUGUGGAGCCAAUGCAUUCUGUGAGGCUCGAAACCAUGCUCCAAUUUGCAGAUGUUACGAAGGCUAUGAGGGAGAUGCCCUGGUGGGUUGUCGACCAUCUGAUUUCUGUGCCAGCAGGCCAUGCCAUCACACAGCUAUUUGCAAAAACAAAUUUGGCGGUUAUGAGUGUUUCUGUCCUCCUGAAAGAAAUAUUGGAAAUCCAUACUUGGAUCCUGGAUGCCGUGGUGAAAAUGAAUGUCCUCAAGGUGAUAGUGAUUGUCCGUUCACAGCAUACUGUGAUCGAACCACAAUACCACCCAUGUGCAAAAAUCCAUGUCAAGCACCUGAUGUUUGUGGAACAAAUGCUCUGUGUCGUGUAGAAAACCACCGUGCAGCAUGCUAUUGCUUGCCAGGAUUUUCUGGAAAUCCAAAAGAUCCUGUACGAGGUUGCAUAAGAGUGACUGUUGAUUGUUCUACUGAUCAAGAAUGUACAUCUGGCUACAUGUGUGUGAAUAAGCGUUGCAAACUGCGUUGUCGAUCGGAUGACGAUUGUGCCAGUCGGGAAUUCUGUCACCUAGGCCAAUGUGUAUUGGGUUGCCGAGAGGACACUGAAUGUCUCUCUAGAGAGAUAUGUGCUGCAAAUAAAUGUAUUGUUGGAUGUCGAGUGGAUACUGAUUGUUUAUCAACAGAAGCUUGUAUUCAAAAUAUUUGCACAAAUCCAUGUGGAAGUCCAACUGCCUGUGGAACUAACACAUUGUGCAAAAUUCAGCAACACAGACAACAGUGUUCUUGUGCACCAGGAUUUACUGGAAAUCCCAACAUUGCUUGUCAGAGAAUCUUACCAUCAUGCGUAUCUGAAGCUGACUGUCCACUUAAUCAUUAUUGCUUGGAUGGCAAAUGCCGAGUGGAAUGCAAUGCUGAUAAUGAUUGUACAUCAGGUGAAAAAUGUGUCAACAAUCAUUGCUUAGUUCUUUGCCGCCGUGAUCAAGAUUGUCAGAAUGGAGAAAUAUGUAUUAGAAACCACUGCCAAGUUGGUUGCCGUACAAAUGACCAAUGUCCAGAACAUCUUGCUUGUGUCAGCAACCAAUGUAGAGAUCCUUGCGAAGGCAGUGCAACUUGCGGUCCAAAUGCUGAAUGUCGCGUAAGUGACCAUCGGUCGGUGUGCAGUUGUAGAGAAGGCUUUGUAGGACGACCUAAUGCUAAUGUAGGAUGCAUAAGACCGCAGAUUGUAUGUGUAAAUGAACCUUGUCCACCUGGUCUCACUUGUCAUAAUGGACAAUGCAGAAUGCCUUGCAGCAGUGUAAGAGACUGUGCUGCGAAUGAAAAAUGUAUUGACAAUCGCUGUCAUGUGCAGUGCAUAAGGGACAGAGACUGCUAUUCAGGAGAGAUUUGUGAACAAAAUUUCUGCCGAGUGGGUUGCCGAGCAGACACAGAUUGUGCUUUCCAUGAAGCUUGUGUUAACAAUCAAUGUAUACAUCCAUGUGACAGUCCUACAGCAUGCGGUACUAAUGCCAACUGCGAUGUAAUCAACCACUCGAUACAUUGCACAUGUCCACCUGGUCUGGAUGGGGAUGCCUACACUAAAUGUGAUAGACAAAUUCAACGUUGCGAUGCUGAUGAUCGAUGUGGCUUGGGACGAUAUUGUGAAGACACCAUCUGUAGAGUCACCUGCAGUAGUGACAAUGAAUGCCUGGACAAUGAGAAGUGCGUUGAGAGGCGCUGCAGUGUCUUCUGUACCAGUGACAAAAGUUGUCCCACUGGCUUCAUCUGUGAAUAUGGACAGUGCAUUUCUGGUUGUAGAAGGGACGCUGAGUGCCCGCUCACCGAAGCUUGCAUUAACAACCAAUGCUUGGAUCCUUGUGCCAGUCCCACAGCCUGUGGCACCAAAGCUCGCUGUCAGCCAGUUAACCAUCGGCCACUUUGUUCAUGCUUGCCAGAACACACUGGAGAUCCUAGAGUGGAGUGUUCUAAAGUUGAAUGUAUUAUUGAUGCGGAUUGUGGAAACGGAAAAAUAUGCCAGAACUAUCGAUGUUUGGUUGGUUGCCGUUCGGAUCAAGGCUGUCUUAGUGAUGAAGUCUGUAUCAGUCGUCAAUGUCAGAAACUAUGCAUGUUCAGUAACACCUGCGGUAUUAAAUCUAUCUGUACGGCCAGUGUCCACCGUGCACAAUGUGAAUGUCCACCAGGAUACACUGGAAAUCCAAUCAUUGAAUGCAGGAGAAUUGAAGGCUUAUGUGAAACUAAUGCGGACUGUGUGCCAGGAAAAAUGUGCAUUAACAAACGAUGCGAAGACGAUGUGGAAUGCCGCAAGGAUGAGGAUUGCCUGCUGGGACACAUUUGUCAACGUAACAAAUGUUUUGUGGGUUGUCGUAAUGACGAAAACUGCGCCUUGGAUGAGGGUUGUUACAACUCACAGUGUCAACGUGUGUGUUCUCUUCCGAGGGCUUGUGGAGCCAAUGCCAGAUGCGAACCAAUUAGCCAUCGUCCGCAAUGUUCAUGCUUGGCAGGAUACACUGGAAACCCACAGAUUGAAUGCAGACCAAUUGGACCAGAAUGCAGGAGGGAUAGCGAUUGCAGUGCAGGCCACGUAUGCUUGGGUGGCAAAUGUACAGUUGUUCCUGGAUGUACUUCAGAUAAUGAUUGCAGUCCUGGACAAAUUUGUGAAAAUACAAAAUGUUUAUAUGGAUGCCGUAGUCACAGUGACUGUGGCUUCACUCAGGAAUGCUUUGAGAAUCAAUGCCAGAACCCUUGCAAGCCAGGUAAAUGCGGCAUCAGUGCCGAGUGCAGAGCGAUUAAUCAUGCCGCGCUGUGCAGAUGCCCGCCUGACCACACAGGAGAUCCAAAAGUCUUGUGCAGACAAAUCCGAGUUGAGUGCCAUGUGGAUAGUGAUUGUUCAUUGGGAAAUAUCUGUGUUAGCACACGUUGUAUGGAGGGUUGCCGUUAUAAUGAGCAUUGUCCUGAUGACGAGGCUUGUAUUCAAGGCCGUUGCGACACUCCAUGUCGACCAGGAGCUUGUGGUCUCAAAGCUGUAUGCAGGGCCACCAACCACCAGGCUGAGUGUACUUGCCCACAGAAUUUCCAGGGCAAUGCUAGGGUACAAUGCAAUCCAGAAUCCAGGGAUGAAUGCCAGUUCAAUUCCGACUGUGCACCUAAUGAAAUAUGCGAGAACUCUCACUGCAUUGUUGUAACCGGAUGUCGUUCAGACUCUUUCUGCCACACUGGAGAGAUAUGCGAAAACACCAAAUGUAUAUUGGGUUGCAGGACAGAUUCCGAUUGUACUUUUGACAAAGCUUGUGUUAACAGUCGUUGCAUCAAUCCAUGUUCAGUGCAGGAUCCAUGUGGUCGAAAUGCUGAUUGCAGGCCAAUUGUGCAUCGUCCAUAUUGUACUUGUCGAUCUGGAUUUGAAGGAAAUCCUAAUGAUUAUUGCAAAGAAAUACCAAGCAAAAAGACAUCAGAAUGUGUGAAAGAUUCAGACUGCCCAUCUGGAAAAAUCUGUGAAUCUAGAGUUUGCUUGACUGGCUGUAGGAAGAAUGAGGACUGUCAGUACAAUGAAGCCUGUGUCAAUCGUCAGUGUUCUAAUCCUUGCAAUUAUCCAGAUGUAUGCGGCAUCGGAGCCAGAUGUCUUGUUGAUAGUCACCAUCCUAUCUGUACUUGCCCAUCAUCACUUACUGGCGAUCCAAACGUUCAAUGUUUCCCAGUUCCUCCCGAUCACUGCUACACAGAUGAUGGAUGUGGUGCUGGUCAUAUUUGCGAGAAUAACAGGUGCAUUGAUGCUUGCCGCACGUACCACUCAUGUCCUUAUGACAAGGAUUGUAUCAAUAAGCGGUGUCAGGAUCCAUGCAGUUUCUUCGGAACAUGUGGAACAAAUGCCAUCUGCCACACGAAUGAUCACAAACCCAUCUGUACUUGUGAGCCUGGCUAUACAGGAGAUCCAAAAAGAAGUUGUAUAAGAGAAAAUCAACCUAAUUAUGGUUGUCUGGAUGACAUUGAAUGUGGCGCUGGAUACUUUUGUGAAGCUGGAGAAUGUUUUGAAGGUUGUCGAAGCGAUUACCAGUGCUCUACGGAUUCAGCAUGUAUCCGACGUAAAUGUGAAAAAGUAUGCCAUCAACCUGGAGUAUGCGGAAUUAAUGCUCAAUGCAUGGCUGACAACCACAGGCCCAUUUGCUCUUGCAAUCCUGGUUAUUUGGGAGAUGCCAGAGUGGAAUGUAGAGUGGUCGAAGAACCAGAAUGUCGAUCUGAUAGUCAAUGUCCAUUCCGCCACAUCUGUGUCUAUGAUAGAUGUAUUAUUGGUUGUCACACGGAUGAAAAUUGUGGUGCAGAUGAGGCUUGUAUUAACAAAAUCUGUCAGAAUCCAUGCAGCAUCUUCGGUGCUUGUGGAAGAAAUGCCAAUUGUAGACCCAUCAACCACAAGCCAGAAUGCACUUGUCCACCAAAUUUCCGAGGAAAUCCAAAUGUUGUAUGUGAGCAAGAUAAAGUGAAACCAGAAUGUGAGAUUGAUCAAGAAUGUAAUGUGGGAUACAUCUGCGAAAGUACACGUUGCGUUGCUGGCUGUCGACAUGACAAUAACUGUCCACGACAUUUGGCUUGUGUGAACAGGCAAUGUCAAGAUCCAUGCUUGUUGCCCAACAGCUGUGGCGCCAAUGCUGAAUGCCAUGCUGAUAACCAUCGGCCAAUCUGUACAUGUCCCAGCAAUUUCCGAGGCGAUGCAUACAUUGAGUGCAGAAUUGCUCAACCAGAUGUCGAAUGUGAGCAUGAUCUGGACUGUUCAGUUGACAAAAUCUGCGAGAAUACCAGGUGUGUCAAGGGCUGCCGAACGGACGCAAAUUGCAGAUUUGAAGAAACUUGUAUUAAUCAUGUAUGCCAGAAUCCAUGUUCGAUAUAUGGUGCUUGUGGACAAAAUGCCAUUUGCAAAGCCAUCAAUCAUGACAGGAUAUGCGCUUGUGCACCAGGAUUCAGUGGAAACCCACAUACGUUAUGCAGCAGAAUUCCGGUUCUGCCAGAAUGUAUUGUGGAUAGAAACUGCUCUUUGGGUCAGGUAUGCCAGAAUCAGAGAUGCGUCCCUGGUUGCCGUUCUAAUGCCAACUGUCCGUAUGAUGAAACUUGUCUGCACGGUCAUUGCCAGCUUGUAUGUCAACUGAGCGGAGCCUGUGGAAAUAAUGCUCAAUGCACUCCAGUAGGCCAUCAACCACAUUGCAGUUGCCCAGCUGAUUUAACAGGCGAUCCAAAGGUAUCAUGUCAACCUCUUCCGGAACCUGGCUGCCGCAGAGAUACUGACUGUGCUGUCAGUCAGAUAUGCGUCAAAUCUGAAUGUGUUCCUGGCUGUCGUUCUCAUAGUAAUUGUCCAUUUGAUAAAGCCUGUAUCAAUCGAAUCUGUCAAGAUCCUUGCACAAUUGGAGGUAUAUGUGGAGUAAACACUCAAUGCCAUGCUGCAGAUCACAAAGCCAUCUGUUCCUGCAUUCCAGCAUACACAGGCGAUCCACUCAGGCAGUGUUCUAGAAUUCAUUAUGAAUGUGAAACAGAUAGUCACUGUGGAAGAAACUAUGUUUGUGUCAACAAUAAAUGCAAAGAUAUUAAUGAAUGCUUACAAGGCAGAGGACCAUGCGCUCUUGGCGCUAUUUGCAAUAAUUUGCCUGGUGGAUACAAAUGCAGUUGCCCUGUUGGUUUAGAUGGAGAUCCUUAUAAGCAAGGAUGUCGUCAGAUGCCUAAGAUGUGCAGAAGAGACGAAGACUGCAAGUCUAUAGAAGGUUGCAACCGUUUGACAGGAGAAUGCUACGAGGUGUGUGACCGGCCUGGAAUAUGUGGUAGAGGAGCUUUAUGCAGUGCUGUUAACCAUCACCAUGAAUGCUAUUGUCCACCUGGACUUACGGGCAAUCCAUAUAUCGAGUGCAGCAUAUUGGAGACAUGCGGAUCACACAAUCCAUGUUCUGGCAACCUUGUAUGUUUGGAUGGUACUCGUUGCGGAUGUCCAUCACCAUUUGAGCAAAGAGGCUUUUUCUGUAUAAUUACUGAAACAAGUCGCAACUGUAGUACUUCCAAUCCAUGCCCAGACAAUGAAGAAUGUCUAUCGGCUGAAUAUCCUGAUGGUGUAUGUGUUUGUCCAAAAGGUUUUGUUUUGAUGUCAAAUGGAAUAUGCAGAGAUAUCAACGAAUGUGACCAGAGUCCAUUCCCCUGUGGCACAGGAGCUCAGUGCUUCAACACGAUUGGCAGUUAUCAAUGUCGCUGUCCACCAGGAACAGUGGGCGAACCAUUCUAUUCUGGAUGUCAACGACGUGAAGGUUACUGCCAGUCAGAUUUGGAGUGUCCCAGUCAUUUGGCAUGCGAUGUAGAAGUAGAGCAGUGUUAUGAUCCAUGCAUUGUGAGCAACCCUUGUGGACGCAAUACCAAAUGCAGCGUUAUUGAUCACAGCCCACAAUGUGAAUGUAUACCAGGCUUCAGAGGAAACCCUCUCGAAUACUGUUAUCCAAUUGGGCCAGGCUGCCAGAAUGACUUGGGUUGUCCAGGUAAUCUGCUCUGCUUAGGUGAUGGAACAUGUGGAUGUCCAGGAGACUUCAAGAGAGUAUCAGACUUCUGUAUCUUGACCAGCAUCAACUGCACAACGACAAAUCCUUGUCCGGAUAAUCAACGUUGUGUAUACACAGGACGUGAAAACGGCUAUUGUAUCUGCCCAAGAGGCUUCAAAUUGCUUGUCAGUGGUAUAUGUAUAGAUAUUAAUGAAUGCCAAGAACAUGGACAUUCUCUGUGUGGCGAGCAGGCAGAAUGUGUCAACACUCCUGGUUCAUACGAAUGUCACUGUCCGUCUGGGUUCCGUGGAGAGCCAUACGGUGGUAAAUGUGAACGUGAGGAACCACCAGGCUGCAAGAGUGACCGUGACUGCUUAUACAAUGAGGCAUGUGAAGUGUUCAGUGGAAUCUGCUACGAUGUUUGCACACGAGGACAACCUUGCGGAAUCAAUGCCAUCUGCAGAGGAGAGAACCAUCGCCCAACGUGUACUUGUCCUCCUCGCUACAAGGGAGAUCCUCGAGUUAACUGUUUCUAUGUCCAGGAGUGUGGGGUGGACUUCACUUGUCCUGGCAAUUUGAUUUGUCUCAACAAGAAAGAGUGUGGCUGUCCACCGAACUAUGACCGUACCGGAGAUUAUUGUUUGAAAACAAGCAGAAAUUGCACAACAACCAAUCCUUGCCCUACCAAUGAGGAAUGUCUGUAUACAGGAGUUCAAGAUGGUUUCUGUGUCUGCCCACGAGGAUUCGAGCUCAUGCCUAAUGGUUUCUGCAGAGAUAUUGAUGAGUGCAUAGAGAAUCCAUGCGCCAAGAAUGCAGUAUGUACCAAUUUCCACGGUGGAUAUAGCUGCGAAUGCAAGCCAGAUUCCUUUGGCGAUCCAAUUAUUAGAGGAUGUGUUGCAAUCACUAGGGAAUGUAAAUCUAAUAGAGACUGUCCAUCAGCUGAAGAAUGCGAUCUGAACACCAAUCAAUGUAUCAGUCCUUGCUACAUCUGUGGAGAAAAGGCAGUGUGCACAGCAAGAGAUCACGAAGCUAUUUGCAGUUGUCCACCACUUUACAUCGGAGAUCCUUACGAUCAUGCAAGAGGAUGCUAUGAAGUUGGAGAAGAUCUGCCUAGAACAGUUCCACCAUUGACAGAGUUGUCGGUGGUUUGCUUGGCUGACGGCAUCCAAGUGUCUGUGGACCUGGAGCCAUUCGAUGGCGUGCUUUACGUAAAGGGUCACAGUCAAGAUCACGAAUGUCGAAGGGUAGUGAGAAACAGAGAAAGAGACAUCAUUGAUUUCAAGGUCCUCUUCAAUACCUGUGGACUGAUACACAUCAAUGGCGACGCAUCCUUUAUUUUAGUCAUUCAGAAACAUCCUAAACUGAUGACGUAUCGUGCCAAAGCAUACCACAUUAAAUGUGUGUACAAUACAGGAGAAAAGACUAUUACGUUGGGUUUCAAUGUCAGCAUGAUAACAACGUCCGGAACUAUUGCCAAUACUGGUCCACCUCCCACUUGCAUCAUGACAAUUUCUAAUGCUGACGGAAGAGAGGUGACCAGUGCUGAGAUUGGAGAUGAUUUGCUCUUGAGAGUGGAUGUACAACCGGAUUUCAUUUAUGGUGGCUUUGCUCGAAGUUGUGUCGCCAAAACCAUUGAGGACAAUGAAGAAAUCCAGUAUGAGGUAACGGACUCGAACGGCUGUGCUACGGAUCCCAGCAUCUUUGGAAAUUGGCAGCUGGAUCCAGAUAGGAAGAUCUUGGUGGCCAGGUUCAAUGCCUUCAAAUUCCCCACUAGCAAUAAUCUAAGGUUCCAGUGUAACAUCAGAGUAUGCUUCGGUUCCUGUCCACCGGUAAAUUGUGAUGGCGUGGAUGCAUUUGGCAGAAAGAAACGUCAAGCGCCAGAUCAAAACGGCUUGACUUUGGAGGGCUUCCAGGAAGGGGCUCUUCGAGAAGAAAUUAUGGUGCAGUCGAACGCCAUCCUCACCUUCGAAAAGAAGGAGAACCAAGUGGCUCUGCCUACAGAAGGUCCAUCUAUUGAAGAGAUUGACAAUGUUUGUCUGCCCAAACUUGGCCUUAUCAUUUCCUUGAUUAUCACGACCUUGUUGGCGCUGGUGGCAGUAGCUGUUGCCAUCUCCUGCUGGCUGAUGGCAUACAGGAGGCGACCCAAAGCGGCCGGCCCUCUGCCUCAUCCACCCGACUUUCCAAAUCCUCUGUACACGACGCCCGAGCCGGUGGCCGAGCCAUCGCCAGACUACUAUCCGUCCUCCAAUAACAGCCUCUGAGCCACAGAGACUGCAGAACCCGGGUGAUUGUGUCCUUCGAGUUAACCUACUAUUUAUCGUUUGAGCCCCAGAGGCCGGACACUCCGAUCUACCACUCCAAACUCCUAGUUCCUCAGAUGACUCGAGAGUGGAUCAAAAAGAACUGUCAUUUCCCGAGCGACAGAAAUAGCUCGCUUUCCCGUGGGUUCUUUCUGUUUCUUCCGACUAGCUGGUAUAGUGUCCCAUGUGCCAAACUGUCUGACCGUCCCACACGAUGCGGAGAAGCGCCCGCCUCUUCACGGCCGGGGAUCCUUGUUUUGGGAGACCUGUCGGAAAAUGAGCUAUUGCUGCCAUUCCGGGCUUUUGUAAAUUUUGUUUUUAAGGAGCAGGGAAAAAAAAUUAACGUAGCCAGGUUACGGUGCUUGGGAAUCUUUGUUACCAAUUGAUUUUCAAAUGGAGUUUGGGAGUGAAUAGGGUCUUGACGGAGCACUUAAGAACAGUGUGUGAAUGCAGAUUGCAAAAUAAACUAUGCGGCUACUUUUUAAUCAAAAAUUAAUUUUUUUUUAAUUUAUACUAUUAACUGUGAGAUUAUAUUUUGACUGUGUCAAAAUCAUUUAGCAACAUAGUCUGUUUUGCAGCUUCAUCGUUUUAUUUAUUUAAAUUGUUUGAUUUUAUUAUCUAAAUGGUAAUAAAACAAAUAUUGCCCCUCUUGUCUUUGAUGUUUUUAAGUGUGUCUGUCAGGAGCCGUUCGUUAGGCGUGUCCGUCAGUUUUUUGUGACUGACUGAGACGACCGAAACUUUGUGAUAUUUUUAAGCUAUUUAAUUUAUUCUAUUUUUGUGAGUUUACCUGUCUAGAACGACAGAACGGGAUGUAGGUAGUAAAAAAAUCAAAAUUUAAUUAUGUUGUUUUUUUGUGGAUAUAUUAUAAAAUUACUCCUAAACCCCAUUUGACGCAAAGAAAAGAUCUACUAAAUGUCUUUUUAUUUAUAAUGCUGAUAACAUGCUUUUUUUCGCAUUUGUAUAUUUUUCUCAGUCGAUUUUUUUUAUAACAUUGUUGUUUCCAGGUUGUUCUCAGGCAGCUAUUUAUGUUUUAAUCUGUCCCCGACGCAGCUCACACUGCCUCAAAGGUUUUGUUGACGUCCCUCCCACUUUGUAACUCUUCAUUAAAGGCAGCUAACCGGGGGGAGAUUGACGAAAACCUUACCUUGAAACCGCCCCUCCCAAUGCAUUUCCUCUCCCCCCUCAGAGGAAGUGCAUUUCGGGAAGACAGUUGAGAUGUGAGCUUAAAGACCAACUUCCGGUGCAUUUGAUAGUGAUACUUGAUGUUCAUAAAAAAGUGUAUAGUUUUGCUACUACCAUCAUUCAAUAAAGGUUUUUUUUGUCAUAA